CUCAGUUGAAAAUUUUGGUGAUCUGUUUCUUCUCCAACCUUUCGAUUCAGACAAAAUCCCAGACAUUCUUGGAUAGAGAGAGAAACCCAGUAAGCCAUAGUUGCUGUGGUUGGUGAGCUUGAAUAAUGGAGGUGGCUAUGUCUUUGAAUCCACUGGUUCAGCUACGGACAUCAGAGUUAAGAACCCACGAAGAUGGACUCAUCAGACAUUCCUUAAUCUCGACGAGGAUGACCCAGAAGCCUCGACACCAGAGGCCACACCAGCAGAUGUUGGUGGUGGAAGCCAAGGGUAAGAAAGGAAUGGCGGCACGUCAGUUCCAACGCCCAACUCCUUCUCUCCCCAAGCUUGAAGACGAUGGCAACCCUAAGUUCGUCAUCUUUAUCCGCAUGGCCAAUGUUUAUCUUUGGUAUCCACUUAAUCUUGUAACGGGCGGCACCACUGCAAAAAUCAUGGUUGCAGCAAAGGACAAUUUUCUGGGGAAAUAUAUUUACAAGGAUACGUUAUCUAGGAAUCUUGCGGCAGUUAUAUACAAAGAUGAGAAGGAGAUACAAAAGUUGGCAUUGAAACAGCACCGUUCUUUGCGGUCAGCUACUGAGUUUAGAUAUGGCUACAAACUUGUUGAAAAUAACAAUUUGAGAGCAGCACUUUCUAGCAGUGAUGUUAUUGAGCUCCCAACACAAGACCAGCUUAAAACAGUUUUAGAUAAAGUGAAGGACUUCUUUGGGGAUGCUAAGGAAUCUUUUGGGAAGCUGACAGCCCUAAAUUCGUCAACUGAGGAGUCCAAAGAAAAUUCUGAAGAGAAGUCCAAAGAGAAAUCCAAGGUAAGAGGCUAAAGGUGAAGAAGAAUUCGAUUGACCUAUUGCAUUAUUAGCUGUUGCUUCGGUGAGAUUGUAACUAUUCAUGCUUUGCGUUACCACUUAUCAGCAAUACAGUUUGAGGUGUUGUACAUGACAAUUUUUCUGAGUUUUGUCCAUAGAUAUUUGUUCAUCAAGUGGUACUUUUUUUUUUUUCAGUUUGUGACAAUGAUGCAUUACUAAGACCAUUGCACAAGGAAAGCAUCAUAAACGUUUUUGCAAGAGUAUCACUGCUAUUGUUAUCUCCCUUUAACCCAUAGUCCUUGGUGGUAGUUUGGAUAGGUUUACACGCCGGUUAACCCUUCAUCCCUCCUCCAAAUGGUCGAACGCUAUAAUCUUCACUGGCAGCCAUAUUCCUUACUUCGUCUUGUGCUUUCUUCAUAACUCUUGGGUGCCUAGCUACCUCUGCCAUUGUCCAUUCCUGUGUUGCCGAUGUUGUGUCUGUCCCAGCUACAAACAAGUCAUGUAAUGUAUCACACAUUCUCUUCAAAUUAGCAGCCAUUACAUGGAAGAAACAGCCUAAAUCUAAUUUGC